UUAUAGACGGACAAGAUAGAUAAGUAUAGAGAUAGAGAUAACUAGAGAGAUAUCGAGAAGAAGGGAUCGGCGAGGAAAGACGCGCGGUACAUUUUUCGCGAGCGAGCGAGCGAGUUAACGGUGUCGAGCAGAGUUCUUCGUGCUCCGGUGGUGGUGUAGUUGGUUGGUGCUGGCUGGUAGUAGUUGUUGUUGUUGUUCCAGUAGUAGUAAUAGUAGUAGUAGUAGUAAUAAUAAUAAUAAUAGUACUAGUGGUGGAUGAUACAAUAAUAACGCGCUCUUGAUUCCGAGUGUAAACAAGUGCUACGAGAGGAUAGAGAGAAUAAAAGGAAAAGUAAAAAGGGAAACGAAGACGGAGAAUAGUUAUUGUAUAUUCCAAAGAAAAGUGACUCGUCGGUAUAAGGAUAUAAUAAGAUAAACGCGAGGAAGAGGAAGACGUAAGGGGGAAGGAAGGAAGGAAGGAAGGAAGGAACGAACGAAAGAAAGAAAGAAAGAAAAAAAGAAAGAAAGAACGAAGGAAGGAAGGAAGGAAGGAAAAGGUAGCGAGUAAUAGAAGUACGAUUAGCAAACGGCAUCGGCUCUGGUGGCAGUUGCUGCGACGGGUGUACCCCCUCGCUCGCUCCCCCGCUUCCUCCCCCCCGUCGCCCCCGCCUUUCCCCCGCCCUCUCCUGUACGCUCUCCGCGACCGUUCGUAUCCUCCUCGGGACGACGCCACCGUCGAGACGCGUCGUGCCGGGGCUCGACUCUCGCGCGAGGGGAGAGGACCGACGGUGAGAGAGAGAGAGAGAGAGAGAGAGAGAGAGAGAGAGAGAGAGAGAGAGAGAGAGGAGUGAGCGAGCGAGCGAGCGAGACGGAGAUAGAGAAAGACGGAUAGCCUGCUUGCGAGACACGAGCAAGGGAAGCAAGGGAAGGAGGAGGAGGAGGAGAAACAGCAGCGGCACAGGCACAGGCACAGGCACAGGCACAGGCACAGGACAGGCAUAGGCACAGGCAUACAUAGGGGCACAACGGCGGUGUAACGUCGUUGGUGAGAAAAGGAGAACGAGAGAAGAGGAUCAAAGAAGAGGAGAGUGAGAGAAAGAGAGAAAGAGAGAGAGAGAGAACGUGCUGUCUUCUCUCUACCUGUGCGUCCCUCUCUCACGAAAGUGCGACUUGGAAGGCCUUGCUCCGAUCUCCUAGGCAUCGAGCAGGCAAGCGAGCGAGCGAGCGAGCGAACGAACGAACGAAAGAACGAGCGAGCAGUCAGGCAAGCCAAGCAAGCAAGAAGCCGAGGAGGAGAAGGUGGAGGAGGAAGAGGAGGAGGCGGCCAGGCCUCUCGUCGCGUCGUCCAACGACGCGGGAUAUUUCCUUUUGGUUAGGAUCGUCCAAGGUUCUAGGAUCGAACAAAACACCCUUCGAACUUCGAUCCCUCAUCGAUGUGAGGCAUGCGAGCUGAAGGCACGAGGAUCGUCGUGAGAGCACAGGUGUGAUGGAGCCCCGUGGAGCCGGCUUCUACUAUGAGUUGAGACCUCGUAAUUAAUUGGGACUGGCAUGGAGAAGGAGAACUCCGCAUCAGGCGGAGGUGGCGGAGGUGAAGCGGCGGCAACGGCAACGCCGGGCUCCACCUCCACCUCCGAGAAGCUCCAGGCGGACCAGGCCAAUCCGCUGCUCGAUCCCACUGCACUUUUUGGUGCGUACUGGCCACGAGGAGAUAGCGCAGCUUCGUCUCUUUUCGGCGGGAUGCCUGGAGGCUACGGAUUGGGGGCACAUCACUUACCGUCGGCUUACGCCAUUCUUGGCCGUGGGGGUUCAGCGCCUGGUUUUGGGGGUCACACACCGGCAUCCGCACCACCACCACCCCCGUACUCGCACAGUAGUCUCGGUACUCUCAGCGUGGCUGCCAGUCAAGCUGCGAGUCUGGGUAUAACUCCUGCUAGUGCGGCAUGGUGGACAAUGGCCUCACACUUAGCGGCACAGGACUACCUCGCGAGAUUGCAGGGUGCGACAGGACUCCCAGGUUUUCCACCUGGCGCGGAGAGUCUCUUACCGCCUUACCCUGCUUCUCUAUUGAAUCCCCCAUCCCUUUCGUCCCACAAGUCUACCAAGUCUAAGUCGAGCAAGAGUCACAAGACACCGGCGAGCAGCAGUAGCUCGACAACGCCGAGUAUGACGAGCAGUAGUUUGCCGGUGUCGAGUCAGGCCACGGUAACACCAACGCAUCACAAUACCUCGGCAAGCAGCACGCCAAAUUCGCAAACGAACGUUGUCAGCAGCUCUGCGAAGGAAGGAAGCGAUCCUAGCAGUAUAUUGGGAGGCGUGCGUUUGCCUCCUGACACGGAGAUCAUAAAGUAUACCUCGAGUAUAGUCGGUCCAAAAGUUCCUGGUACGACGAAUCGUGGCAGGAAGAAGACGAUCUCUUUGGAUACACCGAGUGUCAGUGUUCAUCCACCAGCGGUACCUACGUUGAGUGCUCAUCAGACGAACACGACCUCGUCGUCCUUGAUGAUGGAGCCAAGAAAGUACAAUCGUACAGGGACCGAGUCGAACGAGUAUCGAGAGUCCGUAGAUCGCGUGGAGGUGAUCAAAUUACCGGCCCACUCAACCAACGGCUCCGUAUUGCCAGCACCGUCGGCGUACACCAGUGGUGGCAACAACGCGACCAACUCGAACGACUCCGAUGCUCCAUUAAAUUUAUCCCUUAAACCUGCUACGACGAGUAGUAGCUCGCCGAUUUCCGGCAGUCAACCGCUCAGUCAGCUCAGCAAUUUGAGCCAAUCCUUGCUUGCCUCUGAUCGGACGUCGAGACGAAAACCCGGACCAAAGCCGAGAAGAGUGCCGCAAAACUCGGUACCAGUCCCUGCCUCGCCUAGUCCAUCAUUGGCACAAUUAUUUGCCGCUGCGGAUUCGCCGCAGAGGCCGAGCAGCGGUAGCGAGGAAAGCGAGAGUGCCAGUACGACCCAUCACAAAGAUGGUCGUCCUCGAAAUCUUGGUCGAGGUGUCUCGAAGCCGAAGAAGAAUACCGUCGCGUCGUUGCUCGCACAGAGCAGGGCAUUGGGCAUUAAGCCCACGCCAACGUUGGAUCCUAGCGUGCCAUUGUCACACCAGGUCUCGUUGCUGAGGUCGAACAUUCUUGCUGCACAAUUGCAUGCCUCGGCAACGGGCCAGGUUGACGACAAGAAUCAGCGAUCUUUACAGGAGAAGAUGAAGAACAAAUUGCUGGAGGCGUCGGGCGAGGAAAGCAAUAUGGACGUUACCAGCGAGAGCGGUAGCAACACCGACGUCGUCACCGACACGGACGACGAUAACGCCGAGGGUACGCCCAGUGCAAAGAGAAGAAAGCUAAAGCCCAGCGAAAGGGAUCUGCAGAUGCCCUUGGAACGUGGUUGGAAACGAGAGACCGUUAUCAAGGGUCUAGGAAAGACUGGAGUUAUCAAGGGCGAUGUGUCCUAUUACAGUCCCUGUGGUAAAACGUUUAGGUGCAGUCCCGAUCUAGUGAAGUUUUUGGAACAACAGAAUCCUGCCGAACUUACGACAGCGAACUUUUCGUUCUCGUCCCGUCCUUUGGUCGGUGAGUUUCUUCAACCGACGAUGGGCUUGGCCGAGGCAGAGUUCGUAAGGCUCGGUGCUCAAGAGGUAGCGAGACGUCUCGAAGAGCUCAGAGCUGCCGGAGGUUUCAGGGACAUACGAACGAACAAUCAGUACGAGAGAGACAAGUUGGCAUACGCGAAGAAACUCGCUAAGGAGGAGGCACAACGGCACAAAGAGCAGGCCAGGCUCAUCAAGGAACAAGAGAAGACGGAACGGCAAGAGGCAGUGAGGCGGGAACGAGAGAUAAGAAAUCAACAGCUCCUCGAGGGUCGAAAGAGGCUCGCGUUCACGAUCAAGCAGAAAAUGAAGAUCAUCCAAGAGAUCGAGCGUGGGAAGAGCAAGAGCGACGUUGCGAGAGAACUAGGUCUGGCUAGUAGCACCGUCGCGACGAUCUGGAAAAAUCGUGAGAGCAUCGCCGAGAGCUGGAGAAAUCGUGACAUGAUGCAACAGCAGCAACAACAGCAGCAACAGCAACAACAACAACAACAGCAGCAGCAGCAGCAACAACAACAACAACAACAACAUCAACAGCAUCAUCAUCAGCUCCAUCAUCAGCAACAAGUAAUAGAUCAGGAGGAAGCAAUACUGUUGAAGAAACAAACGCUCUCUUCGGUAUCUCCUGUCGCUUUGAGCCUCUGUUCGGGUACGUCCCCGUUGACGAACUCGAGCGUUUCGAAUUUAAACGUCCUACCGGUGACGACGACGACGAUGAACGUCGUCCCGACGACGUGCAUCGUCGGUUCGACUAAUUCGAGCGCUAUCUCGCCAACUACGCCUCUCAUGUUGACGUCUACGAGCAAUUCGACGAAUAUCUCGACGAGUACAGCGACGAUGAUGAACAACAACAACAACAACAACAACAAUAGCAAUAACAACAACAACAACAGCAAUAAUAACAACAAUAACAACAACAACAACAGUAGCAGCAGUAGCAUCAAUCAUGCUACGAUCAUGGUAGGCGGGACACCAACGGCUACCGUCGUUGCGACGGCUCCUCAAGUAAAUUCCCUCCUACCCUCGGCUACGCCACUCCAGCUGACUGCCAACAACCCCGUGAACGCUGCCAACGCAGUGAUCAACGCCGCCUCAAAUGCAGCCGCAGCAGCAGCAGCCAUCGCAACACUCACGGCUCUCCCAUCAACCUCCUCCUCUUCUUCAUCUUCUUCUUCUUCUUCUACCUCCUCCUCCUCGUCUAUUUGUUCCAUCUCGUCCACCUCGCAACAACAACAACAACAACAACAACAACACCAACAACUACUACUACAACAACAACAACAACAACAACAACAGGCCGUCCAACCGACGACGCCACCUUCCUCGACGUCCACCGGUACCGCGACGAUCGCCGUUCAACCGGACAAUACCCAGCAGGCCCAGACCCAGACGCAAAGUGGUCAGGAACUUCUGGAGGCGCGGAAAAAACGGCAGGAAGAGGUGGAGAAGAUCCGACUGGAAGAGCAACAACGAAAGCAACAGGAACGCGAACUAAAGAGGCAACAAGCUGUGAUGUUGAAGGAGCAGAUGUACAUGCAGGAGCUCACCAAGCAGCGCGAGAUGCUCUACACCGUCGAGCUGGAACGAGAAAGAAGGAGACAACACAUGGCUUUGGUCAGAGCACUCGAGAAUCGUCGUAAGAUGGAAGAGCGAGAGAAAAAACGAUUAGAGGCAAGAGCCGAGAGAAUAGCCACGAAAGAGAAACGUGCAGAGCAGAGGAAGGUUGAGAUGGAGUUGAUAGAACAGAUCAGAAAACCCGUCGAAGACAUGGAACUGACAGAUCACCGAGCUCUGCCAGAAGUCAAGAGAAUACCUGGACUGAAGUUAUCAGGACAGGCCUUCGCUGAUAUAGUCAUGGUCUUUGAGUUUCUUCAUAAUUUUGGUGAAACUUUGGGUUUUGACAUGGAAUCCCUACCAAGUCUAAAGAGUCUACAAUUGGCUCUGUUAAACGACGAAGAGGCAGAGGAGGAAAUGCUUUCUGUGAUGACACAUCUUUUGGUGUGCGCUAUCGAGGACCCAGGCAUUCCACAGCCAGCAAGACACACGACUGGCCUUGGACAAAGUUUACGACAGGCUGACAUCACUCACGCCAACAUCAGCGAGGUUUUAAGAAUUUAUCUUUACGCGAACGCGACCGGUGAGGUAAAAGCUCUAACGGGAGUCUGUCUGGAACGUGAACGUGACAAGAGAUUCGCCGAUCAUCAUCAGAACGGUGGCGAUUAUGCCUCGACGUGUUCGGGCAAGAACGCUCAGUUCUAUGAGCAUUUGCACAAUAACGAAACAUGGAAAAUGUCAGAGAGGUUAAGAGACAAGCCAUUCCUUGCACUUAAUCCAACGCACAAGGCACAAAUGUUAGCGUUCCUUUGUAACGAGCUAUUGCAAAAUAAGGCUGUGAUUAGGCAAAUCGAAGGUAGCCUGGAAACUGUGGCUCAAUUGAGAAAGGAAAGAUUCGUUUUGGAUACAAAGAUCAGAAAGCUUAGACAAUUACAUAGUCGUAAAGUGAGAAUGGAAGCGGUCGGUGUCAUAGUGAAUAAAACCGGUGACACGAUCACCAUAGAGAAGAAAGAAGUAGACGAGGAAGGCAACACAACGUCCACGGCCGUGGGUACAACUCCUACUCCUGACGAGAUUCAUCACGAGGACGAGGUCGAGGAUAUGUCGGAAAACGAGAGCGAAGGAACUCAACCGGAAGAGGAGGAGGAUAAGAAUCUUUCGGGCGAGGAACUCGGCAAAAAGUUGGAUAAACUUUUGAAGCAGUCGGAAGAGCAGCUGCAGAAACUGAACAGCUCGUCUAAGCAACUACGUGCUCACAUAUUUGGACAGGACAGGUAUUGGAGGAGAUACUGGGAAUUGGCGUGUGCCGGUGGUAUAUUCGUGGAAGCCAUGGAAAGCGCGGAACCGGAGGUCCUGGAAUUGCAGGCCGAAUUAGACGAGAAGUACAAAGAUAUGCCGGUUGAGGAUAAGACAGAGACGAAACAGGAGGAUGGUAAACCCAACACGGAGAAUAGAGAGAACGAGGCACCGAACGAACCUAUGAAGGAUGAGAAGAAAUCGAACGCGAACGAGGACGCGAACGAGGAUUCGAAAUCUCAACCUAAGGAUAAGAAAACCGAUUGCGAGGAAAUUAAUUGUAAGAAGGAACCCGUGCAGAAUUGCGGCUUGGAUAAUACGGAUAACGUUAAGGAAGAGAGGAGACACGACGGUGACAGCAUGAUGACCGAUGCGAAGACCAACGUGACUUCCGAGGAGAUAAAGCAAGAAACGGAGAUUGUCAAAAUGGAGGUAGACGUGAAGAUGGAAGAGCCGAAGAAGGAGAACGAAGAAAUGGACGAGGAAAUGCCGAAGCCAGUCGUCAAGAUGAUGGAGGAUAAGAUCGUCGAGACGAUACCGAAUGGCGACAAGUUCAAUCACAUCAACAAUCUCCACAACGGCAAAGAACUCAACGGCACAUUCAUUUCUAUCAUGUCGAUAAUUACAGACAACAACGCCGAGCCCAACUGGUUCUCGAUUUUACCCCGAGAAACAUGCGACACGCCUGGGCCUAGCACGAAGCAAAUAUUUGGAAUAGCCGAACCAACGGAACUCAGGAUACCAGUUUUUCCACCACCAGCUAGUCCGAAUUACGAUAGAUGCGACAGUCCUGCGCCGUUGAUACUGACCCAAGACGAAGCCGUGCAGCUCGAGUAUCUCAAGGUUCACGGAUUACCACCUCCUGGAGAAGCCAAACCGGUACCGCGAGAUCUGCGGUAUGGCUGGUGGAGAAUCACGGACGUGGACACGUUCCAAGAAUUGUUAGAACAUCUUCAUUCCCGCGGCGUUCGCGAAAAAGAAUUGAAGCGUACAACUUGGGCGACGAUGGAAUCGUUCUUGGCUGUGACCGGUAGGAUCAACGUUGAUCCAGGUAACGUCGGAGCGACAGAGCUUCAACCGGAACCCGACGAU